GUUGAUGUCUGCGCCUCUGAUUGGUCGUGGAGCCCCGACCGACAACACCUGCUUAACUCCUUCAUCCAAAUUGACACCCGGGGCUCUGAGAAAUAUAGGCAGCAGCAUCCCUUCCAUGCAUUCAGUUCCCACAGCUGCCCCAAAACGCACCGACUCGCUGCUGCGCCGAGCUGAUCCAAGGUGAACCCCUCACACUCACACGCAGACACACAAACACACACACACACACAGACACAAGCUGCCGGAUCAUUGCUGCUGGGGGAAUCGAAGCGCACCGCCGGGAGACACGAUGUUGGUGAAACUGGCCGUGGCUCUGCUGGUUCUGUCAGUGUUGGAGCAAGUGGUGGGAUUGGAUAAUACUGAUAUACACGACAGUCUCCCGGAGAAGCCUGUGAGCCAGAAAGGACGACUCUCCCUGCAGAACACAGCUGAGAUCCAGCACUGCCUGGUGAGUGCAGGGGAUGUCGGCUGUGGUGUGUUUGAGUGCUUUGAGAAUAACUCCUGCGAGAUACGAGGGCUACAGGAAAUCUGCAUGACGUUCCUGCACAACGCUGGCAAAUUUGACUCUCAGGGGAAGUCCUUCAUCAAGGAUGCUCUGAAGUGUAUGGCCCACGGUCUACGGCACAAGUUCAGCUGUAUCAGCAGGAAGUGUGUGUCCAUUAAGGAGAUGGUGUUCCAGCUCCAGAGAGAAUGCUACAUCAAACACAACCUGUGCUCUGCCGCCAAGGAGAAUGUGGCCGUCAUGGUGGAGAUGAUCCACUUCCAAGAUCUCUUCCCUAAAGGUCCAUAUGUGGAGCUGGUGAAUAUUCUCCUGAGCUGCGGCGAGGAGGUGAAGGAGGCACUGACACGGAGCGUCCGGCUACAGUGCGAGCAGAACUGGGGGGCUCUGUGCGACAGCCUGAGCCUGUGCUCCUCCCUCGCGCCGUCUCCCGCUACCUCCCCCGUGGAGCACCACCACCGCCGCCCUCUGCCCUCCCACCCAGAGCCAGAGCACCCUCGGCCCCCGAGGCAAGGCGACAAAGACAAAGCCGGCAAGGCGGGCUUCAACGCUCACCCGCGCAAUCGCAGUCAGGGACCACGCCGCCAGAGUCCAGAAGCUGGAGUGAUGGCUGACCAGCAAGACCCCGAGGCCACCGACAUCCGGAGGUGAAAGUGCAGGGGGGCUGUCCCGACUUUGACCCCCUAGACCAUUUAAAAAUACAAACUUGCAGACUUAUGCACCCCCCCCCCUGCCCCCCACACAAAUGCACACACACUCUCUCUUUUUCACACAUACACACACACACAGUCAAAGUCUCUCUCUCUCUCUCUCUCUCUCUCUCUCUCUCUCUCUCUCUCUCUCUCUCUCUCUCUCUCACUCACACACACAUGCACACACACAAAUUCCCAGACAGACUGAGCAAAGGGAAACAAGCCCCGACCUUCCCUGUCCUUAUUCCGCUCUCUCCAGUCAUUCCAGCAGUCCCACGUGUUAAACUUGCAGGGUAAUUGUGGUGAAGCUUGUAAUGUUAUGCCAGACUGUAGGCAACAAUUUGUUCUUUAAUUUUAAUUUCAACAAUAAUUGUUAUUAUCAUGAUGAUUUCAACUGUUAGGUCUAUUUUGGCUCUAAUAUAGCAUUUUCUCAAAUCCUACUGCCGGUAAGAUUUGAAUAUAUUUGUAUUAUUUAUUUUAUUCUUUAUGCAAUGUUGGAAUAUCAAAAUGUACAUAGAAAUAUACUUAUCUAUAUUUAUAUAAACAUGUAUAAAUAUAGUUACAAUAUGCAAUACUGAUCUACUAUAGAUGACAUAGUAUAUGGUGUGCUGUCUGUUGUCCUCUCCGCAGUAUUGCACCCAUCACACGUUGGUCUGUAGAUAUGUAACAUACACCUUUUACUUGUUUCAAACUGGGAAUUUGUAUUAUAAUUAUAGAUACUUGAUGAUUAAAUACAAAUUGUACAGGUUUCAAAGUCCAGUUCUGGCACAUAUGAAUUGUAGUGCAUGAUGGCCACGAAGCCAACAAACGUGUGCAUUGUUAAAGUGAAAAUCCACUCUAAAGAGGAUGCAAGUGUAAUACUAUGAAUAUGGACAGUUAUUUCACCCUUUGUACUUAUUGAUCAUAAAGCUAUUGAGUCAAUGAGAGCCAGGACUGAUCUCUGAUGACUUCAUGCAUGGCUGUGUGGGCGGCAAUGAAUGGGAGUUUCUCUGUUUCAGUAUUGCUGCAGAAAGUGCGAAACGUGUCCCAUUCACUGUUGAUGGAGUUUGAGAACUGGUGUCUCUGUGACGUUACAGACUAGUGUAGCUUCAGGACAUCGUUGUUCCUGUUCACGAAUAACAACUGAACUGUUCUCACGUUCUACAUUCUCUUUGGUUUUCUGUUCAGCUAUCAACCGCAGCAAAGAGAGGAUGUCAGAUCACAUUUUAAAUGUAGAAAUCACACACAUCAAGGUGCCUAAACUUGUUAUUGUCCACAGUGACCGCUUCUCUGUGAUUUAAGUGAAUGGAUGAUAAGUGCUAAGUGAAUGGAGCUGUAUUUUACAAUGAUGUUGAGCCACAAAAGUCUUGGAUAUUGCACUUUGGAUGAUUGUCGGUGUGUGUUGGACUCCUGCAGGUUGAGAAAUUAGACCAGGGAAGUUGUGCUUGAGUAAUCCUGGUCUUUCUCAUCAACUUACAGCACCGAGCCCUGUAUCCCCCACAUGCUCCUUAGGUUCAGAUUGAGCCCCAUUCUUUAAAAGAGCCAUGCUUCCACUUUGUCGCCGUGGCCAGGAAAGAGGCUUGACAAAAACCCUCCGGAUCUCCGGCUCUCCGGCUCCUCUAAAUUAGCCCUUAUUCCUCUCUGGUCCGUUACCUAGGUCAGGAGAGACAUGAAGGCCUGUUAUUCUACCCGUUCAAGCUGCCGGCAACGCAGUGAGGACCAAGGAACUGGGUUAAGUCCACAGGAGGAGGCUCUGGUGCUGUUAUUCUAAAUGUUAUAUUUACCAAGGCCACCAGAGAAUUCCUCUGGGCCACAGCCAAGAGCCAGCAACAGCGAGGCAGAGAGGAGUGGAGCGAGAAGGACAGAGACAAACUUUUUUUAUGCGAGAGGUGACACCAUCUUAACUAAAACUUCCCUAUUUAAGGCCAGUCGAGUGCUGUAGCUGUGGAGGUGUUGUUUGUGAGCACAUGACACCACAUCUUGGGGAGUGCUUGGUGCAAAAAAUACAGUAAAAGAGAUUUUGUGGCUCAGUUAAGGUGCCCCCCCCCCCACACACACACAAACGCACCCUGAUGUAAGUACAGUAAGGUAAUGUUUUUACCCCCAAUCCUUUCAGCUCAGAGGAUUUGAAUCAUCAGUGAGACUUUCAGGCUUUUUUAUUUUUUUCUGUUGUGGAAGUUGGGAUUCCUGUGACAUCCCAGCACGAGACAUAAGCUAAUCCUAUUGAGAAUGUACUGUAUGUGUGUAAAGUGACAAUCUGUUUAGCUCUUUUGUCAUUAGGUUUGAUAUGGCUUUUUUAAAAUGAUGUAGUAGCUUGAAUGGCUGUUCUUCAUGUGUUCAGAGGAAAAUAAAACUAACUACGUUUCCUGUAUUGUUAGAGCUCAGUCGCCACAUCACGUGUUUCCCUCUGUCAAGCACAGGGACUCUGCUUUCACUGUUGAAAAUACAGAACAUGGUCUAGAAGUUUGUAACUCACCUGUAACACAACGGGCAUAUGAUCCGAUAAAUAUCUUUGGACUCAUGAAAUCAGCUGUAUCUUGUUAUCAUUAAACUAUUUUUGUCUGUA